AAAAAAAAAAGACGACGAGAGAGAGAGAGAGAAGGGGGCGGGCGGUGGGGGCGUGUGGUGAGAUGGGCAACAGCAAGCCGCCGGUGGCGACGAAGGGGAGGAAGAAGAAGAAGGGGCGCCCCUCCCUGCUGGAUCUCCAGCGCCGCAGCCUCCGCCUCCAGCGCCUCGAGCAGCAGGAAGAGGAUCCGCAGCGCAACCCUAGCCCACCCGACGACGAUCCCCGCCGGCAGGCCCGGCCGAAGUCGAACACGGCGGCCGAGGACGACGAUGACGAGGACGAUCGGUCCGGCAGCCGGAGGCGGGAGAAGAAACUCCGGCUCGUUCUGCGUCUCCCCAACAACCCUUCCGCCGAUUCAGCCCCCUCCGGCUCCGAAUCCGAUGGACGGAGGGCGGAAAAGGUCGGCUCCGUCGGAAUCGACGCCCAGUGUUUUUCCCCCUCGUUACAGACAGAAAGACAGAAUCCUGCCUCGAAAGCGACGGAUCUUCCACAAGAUUCCGGGCCCACUACACCAUUGCCGGACAAAAAGUUGUUGGUUUUCAUCCUCGAUAGGCUGCAGAAGAAAGAUACAUAUGGCGUCUUUGCCGAGCCGGUCGAUCCUGAGGAGCUUCCAGACUACCAUGAUAUUAUUGAGCAUCCAAUGGAUUUUGCAACCAUCAGAAAGAAGCUUUCUAGUGGAUCUUAUGCGAAUCUGGAACAGUUUGAGAAAGAUGUCUUCUUAAUCAGUUCAAACGCAAUGCAGUACAAUGCACCAGAUACAAUCUACUACCGCCAGGCACGAUCCAUACAAGAGCUUGCAAAAAAGAACUUCGAGAACUUAAGACAAGAAAGUGAUGAUAACGAACCAGAACCUAAGCCAGUAAGGAGAGGCAGGCCACCAUAUAAGAAUGUUCUAAAGAAAGCUGGUAGGCCUCCUGCUGACCAUGCUGGUUCCAAUUUCCCUUCAAAUGCGACACUUGCUAAUGCUGGAGAUAAUAGCCAUUGGAACUUCUCACAUGAUUUCCAACGAAAAGGAAUAGAUAAAGCCAGCUCGUCUGAGCUACCUACAAAACCUUAUGGUCUUCACAGUAUUGAAGCCAAUAAUUUGACUGGCGAGCACAAGUAUGAAAAAAAUGAGGAAAAUUCAGGUUCUGCAGUUAAGGGUGUCUUGAUGAAAAAUCCUAGGAAGUCUUUGGUUAUAAAUGAAAAUCGGCGCAUCACAUACAGCCAUCCCCAGGUGUUCGGUUCCACAAGUGAGUCAUCAUUGUUAACAACAUUUGAUGGAGAGAGAAGGCAACUGGUUCCGGUUGGCCUUUAUGUGGAGCAUGCUUAUGCCAGGAGCUUGGCACGUUUUGCUGCAAAGCUUGGCCCCAUCGGCUGGGAAAUUGCUGCUAAACGAAUUGAAGCUGUCCUUUCUCCUGGAACGAAAUUUGGCCGUGGAUGGGUUGGAGAUAAUGAAACACCACAACAGUCUCAGCCACCCCUACUAACUAUAUCUCCUUCCCAUAUUUCUCAACCAGAAAACAUUUCAACCACUACAGCUGUAUCAGCAUCUGAACAUCCCCCAAACAGCAUGUUUGUUGAAGUUCGUGCCAACACAAAUCCACCAGCUGCAUCAUCUGCUCUCCCAAGUAGAUCAGUAGGUCUGACGGAGGGCGCUGCAAGAAACCAUGAUAGUGCGUUCAAGCCAGAGAAUGCUGUUGGUGGCCAUCUUAAUUGGCAAAAGACUACAUUCCAACUUGAACAAGCUGCAGCCACACAACCCACCAUGAAUGGUUUUAACACCCCAUUGGGAUUAAAUCGUCUCUCUCAAGUCGGCAAGGUUGUUGCAACAUUUGCCUCAACAGAGAGCACAAGUUCAGAAUCGGUGAGAACGCAUUCUCGAGCACCGGACAUGGUUCUAAGAAACAGUAGUCAAACAACCACGAGCCCUUUCAGGAUGGACAAGCUGAAUUCGAAUGCUGAUCCAAGUGCAUCUUCAAGUUCGGGCAACCACUUGCCUGAUUCUGGCCAUGAUCCGCACGGCACAUGGAGGAGGGGAUUGUCGCCGAAUCCGAAGUUGAGUUCUGUACCUCCUGAUCUAAAUGUUGGUUUCCGGUCACCAGGGUCGCCUGUUUCUGGCGUUCUAUUAGAUUCACAGAAUCCAAAUCUAUCAUUGCAACUAUGAGAUUGUAACCCCCUUAUCAAUCUGGUAGAGUACACAAGCAGCGGCUACGCCUCUUGGUUUUAGAAGUAGCGCCCGAGUGAUGCAGGUUCUCUUAAGAAAUUACUGAAAGCAGCAUUGUGUUGUUGUAAAAGUGAAAGGGCGGUUGUACAGAUUAAUUGUAAUUGAAAUUAAUUCUCCACAUGACGUUUAAUCCUUGUUUGGUAUCA